GAAGCGUCGAUCGUCUAAAAUGCCACCAUCAGUUGACUCCGUACCAAGCGACAUGAUAUCAACCAUCUUAGAGCCCUGUCAUACUUCUUACACCGAUUGCACUAUCUUGCGGCAAAAUGCCCUCCCCUGAGACCUACGAUGUAAUCAUCAUCGGCGGCGGCCCCGUUGGCCUUCUCCUCGCCUACCAACUCACCCGCUUUGAACUUUCAGUCUGCAUUGUGGAAAAGCAAAACAAAGAUACUCCAGAGGGCCGCUACGGCCGUGCUAUUACCCUGUUUCCGCGGACGCUGGAGCUCCUCGAUCAAUUGGACUUGGUCCAGCCAAUGCUUCAACAGGGAUUUGCUUGCAGAAGUAGUGUGACGUAUAAAGAUGGAGUGAGACAGUUUCCAGGAAAAGUAUGGACUUUCAUGGAGAAUAUCCAGGGCACCGUGUUUGAUUUCGCCCUUGUGCUGAGGCAAAUGUACACGGAGAAUAUAUUGAGAGAGAGGCUAGAUAAGAAAAGGGUGUCUUACCAUGGUUGUAUGGAGUGUGUCGGCUUUGAAAUCGGUCUGGGCGAUAGUGAGUACCCAGUGACGGUGCAUUGCUCAGGACCUGGUGGUAUGAUGACAGCCAAAAGCAAAUACCUUGUUGGAGCAGAUGGUGGUCAUAGUCUCGUUCGCAGAUAUGCCAAUAUUCCCUUCGAUGGUGAUUCAUCAGAAGAUCAGUGGAUUCGCAUUGAUGGCAUAGUCGAGACCAAUAUGCCCAUCAAUCGGGCUUAUGGGGCCAUCGAAACAACAACACAUGGGAAUGUUCUCUGGGCCCCUCUUGACCACGGCGCUACCCGCAUUGGCUACGCAUACACACCCGAGUUAGCAGCUAAAUAUCCAGAAGGGGUAACCGAAGAAGUUGCUGUGAACGAAGCAAUUGCGUGCUUGUGGCCCUUCAGUUUAAAGUUCAAAGAGGUACACUGGUGGACAUUGUACAAAAUCGGCCAGCGCAUGGCCCGAACUUUUGCAACGCACAACAAUCGUGUCUUCAUCUGCGGUGAUGCAGCCCAUACCCACAGCAGCGGCGCCGCUCAAGGCCUGAACACUGGUAUUCACGACGCCGUGAAUCUUGCCUGGAAGCUGGCUUUGGAGGUGCAAGGGCUAUCUCAUCCGGAGGUCUUGGACACCUACACAACGGAGCGCCAGUCUGCAGUGCAGAGAUUACUCAACUACGACAAAGACAUCUCUUUGUUGAUGACGCAUAAAUGGCCGGCUUGGUACGAUGGGGACCCGAACGCGGACCCGAACGUUCUCCUCGGAGAAAUAUUCAACAAUGCUGCACCAUUCAACACGGGACUCGGUAUAUCCUACGAGGCCAACGUAAUCAACCAACCCUGGGAGUCAUCUACCGAGGCGGCUGUGGGGGUUCAACCAGGGACCCGGGCUCCGGAUACCGAGUUGACCACGCCAGGGACAUUCCAGUCUGUGCGGAUGCACCAAGUUCUGCGGAACCGGUGCCAGUUUCAUGCGAUAGUUUUCACAGGCGGUGAUAUCAAGACAUCGAAAUUGGAUUUGGUUCCUCUGCGGGAGUACUUGGAUAGCCACCCGGAGCUUUCAAGGCACCCGGCCAUUGCCUGGUUAACAGUGUGCGGCUCAGCCGGCUGCUCGCCGUACGAGGUGCUCGGGAUGACAGGAUUUGGCGAUACCUACUUCGAUGCGAGGGGAAUAGCACACUACGCCUAUAAACUCGAUCCACGUAAAGCAAUGCUAGUGGUGAUCCGACCGGACGGGCUGAUGGCAUUCACAUGUGCAUUAGACGGAGAGACGAUCUGGCAGCACUUUUCUAGGAUACUGAGGAGCCAACCACAGGAGACUUGCUAAUGAUACACAUAAACCAGACCGUU